UGUCGUGAUGCGGUGUUGGAUGAGAUGCGUCGUGGUGUGCCAAACUUGAUGUGAUGUGUCGGCUGAGGCUAGCUGCCAUGUGAAGACGACGUCAGCGAUGUCGGGAGUUGCCAUUCGCCGAUUGCUGUGCAACUCAGCGGCGCGCCUGCCAGUGUCGUGGGAAAUUCUCGGCUGGCCAGCCCCUGCUAGCGCUGGCCCACUGUUGGCCGUAGUGCCCACUGUUGGCCGUAGUGGCACUGCAGCUGUCAGCAAUGAAGCCGGGGCACAACAGCCUUGGCGUGAUUGUUGAUGAAAAGUAUCACGGCAGGCGGUACAAAGCACGAAUACGUGAAUCUAGCUAAAGCAUCCACGCCGCCGCAUUAUUGUU